UCUUCGACCAUCAUGAAAGUGCUCGUAGUCUUCGCCUUGGCCCUGGCCACCGCCUCCGCCAGUCUCCUGCCCAAGGAGGCCCCGGUCCACCCUCGUGACCUGCCCGCCGUGCCCUCGAUCCAGGGUCGCAUCACCAACGGCAAGACCGCCGUCGAAGGAGAGUUCCCCUACCAGGUGGGACUCAGCUUCGCCAGCACCAGCGGCAGCUGGUGGUGCGGUGGCUCCAUCAUCGAUAACCAAUGGGUGCUGACCGCUGCCCACUGCACUUCCGGUGCCUCCGCUGUGACCGUUUACUACGGCGCCACCGUCCGCACCAACGCCAAGGUGACCCACACCGUGGCUAGCUCCAACUUCAUUCAGCACGCCAGCUACAACUCGGUUGUGUUGAGGAACGACAUUUCCCUGAUCAAGACCCCGUCGGUUGCCUUUACCACCUACAUCAACAAGGUUGCGCUGCCCGCCAUCGCCAGCUCCUACUCCACUUAUGCCGGAGAGAAGGCCAUCGCCUCCGGAUGGGGCAAGACCUCUGAUGCCGCCUCCACCGUGGCCGAAACUCUGCAGUACGAGACCUUCGAUGUUGUGUCCGUCGCCACCUGCCAGAAUACCUACGGCACCCUGAUCGCCACCUCCAAGGUGAUCUGCAUUGCCACCCCCAACAAGACCUCCACCUGCAACGGCGACUCUGGCGGCCCAUUGGUCCUGGCCAGCUCCAAGGUACUUAUCGGAGUGACCUCCUUUGUGUCCAGCGCUGGCUGCGAGUCCGGUGCCCCCGCUGGCUUCACUCGUGUGACCAGCUACUUGGACUGGAUCAAGGAUAACUCUGGUGUUGAAAAAUAAGUACCUUUCAAAUAAAAAAACGAUUAUUGACUUAUACUU